AUGGUGAAAUUGCUGACAAAGAAGUUGAGUUUCUACUACCAUUCCGAACUUCCUAUCUAUGUGAGUCAGGAUUCUCCACAUCUGCUAGCUGGAGGGAAGGUCGGCGGUGCCUUGCAGAAUAUCAUCCCCAGGUCGACCAAUGCAGCCAAAGCUCUGGGGCAGGUUCUGCCGGAUCUAGAAGGUAAACUGACAGCCGCGUCUGUGAGAGUUCCACUUGCCAGUGGCUCACUCAUUGAUCUCACUUGCAGGUUAAAGAAAGAAGCCUCUCUGGAUGAAAUCCGAUGUGCACUGUGUGAAGCCAUGGAUGGAUCCAUGGUUGGGAUCAUUGAUGUGACCAAUGAGAAGGUAGUGUCCUCUGACUUCAUCGGCUCUCACUAUUCAUGCGUAUAUGACUCCAGAGCCAGCAUGGUUGUUGGCAAGAAGUUUGUAAAGCUCUUUGCUUGGUAUGACAGUGAAUACGGAUAUGCCUGCAGAGUAAUCGACCUGAUAAAGUUCAUGCAUGCGGAACAAAAAUCAUGA